AUGGCGAGUCGGGCGGUUCGGGUGGCGGAGCCAAUGGUGAUCAACGAGGAGAUGGUGCGAUCAUGUGCUUCCUCGGCCGACUACCUUCCUACCAGCACAGAGAGAAAGGAAGAGCUCAAAACUCAAACCGAGCUGCAUAAGCUCGAAGCUCUUGCUUGCUCCUUUAAGAACAUUCUGCAAAUCCAGUCGUUGGACGGAUUGGACGGGUUGGUAAAGUUGCAGCUUGACAACAACAUCAUCGAGAAGAUAGAGAAUCUAAAUCAUCUAACCAACUUGACGUGGCUCGACCUGUCCUUCAACAACAUCACCAAGAUCGAGGGGCUCGAAAAGCUCGUCCGCCUCACCGACCUAUCGCUCUUCAACAACUCGAUCAGUAAGCUUGAAGGCCUCGACAGCCUGUCGUCACUGAACAUGCUCAGCGUCGGUAAGAACAAUGUGUCCUCCUUGGAAGAUGUCAUGUACUUGAGAAAGUUUCGAAUGCUCAAGAUGCUUACUCUCAGUGGCAAUCCUAUCGAAAACGAUGCUGACUACCGCAACUUUGUCAUUGCCAAUCUUUCCUAUUUUGACUGGAAGAGUGGAGGGCACUUGUCAUAUCUAGACUACAGACUGGUGGAAACAUCAGAGGUCGCGGCUGCCCGCGAGCAGUUUCAAGAUCAGCUGCUCGAGCUUAACGACCAAGAGAAGAGCGAAGCUGAGGCGAGGGAGAAGGAAGCGGAGAGAGUGAGGAAAUGUGAGAUGCUCAAGAGCUAUGGCAUUGAGGGCAUCGACAACCUUCUUGCCGACAUGAUCAACAGCAAUCCUGAAGACGAAAAGGUGUCUCUUCUGUUAGCUCGAGAUAGACCUGACGUACAUGAAGAAAUCAAGAUUGAAUUCAGAAACUCCAUCGAGCCCUUUAUAGAAACGAAGGCUCCAUUGGUGAAGCGGAAGGCGGACGAGACUGAGCGAUUCAGGAAGGUAGUCGAACAGAAGAAGUCCGAGAGCGUCCAGCAGAGUAUCGUGCUGGUGAACUUGUUCAAGAAGCGGCUGAAACGAGUCGCCGCAAAGUUGGAUGAUGAAGAAACUCCCAGCAUGAUCGUUGGAAAGGAAGUGGAGGAGCUUAGAAACUCUAACAGGACGUUAGGGAAUGAGCUGAGCGAACUGCAGCUUCGGCAGAAGGAUAUGGAAGAUAACAUGAUCAACGAGUUCGAGGCUCGAUAUGGUGAGAUUAUCAGAAUCAUCUCCGACAGCAAUAGCGGCUUCUUCACGACCCUCAGAGAAAUCCUGUCAAACUUUAUCAAGAAAGUGAUGGAGAUGGCGAUGGAAGAAAUCGAGCGAGUCAACACGCUGGUCGAGAACGCCAAGGCUCGAGAUAAAGCUCAGUUUGACAUCGACUUCGGGGACAUCUCGGACGACUCUGCGUCCUUCUUGCGGGAGAAGGAGAUGGUCCUCAGCUCAAUCAGCGCCUCUCAAGAUUACUUCUUCGAGAGGCUGGACUCCAAAGAAGACCAGAUCCAGACCGCCGAGCGGAGCGCAUUUGCGACGCUCAUGCACCAGCUCAGGCUGACAUGCCAGGAGGAGGAUCGGAGGAGGACGACGGAGAUUGUGCAGGCGCAGGAAGAGUUCGAGGAGAAGAUCCAGCAGCUGGAGCACACACACGCCGAUUGA